UGUGUGUAACGAAUCUAAUAUAUAUGAAAGUCUAAUGUUUAUCAGUACAUUACAGACAAUAAUGACCUUUAUCACAAUAAGCUAAUUUUUUUAGGACCUGUAGUCUCCUACACCUAUCUGCUGUGUUAUCCUAUGAUAGAAAAUAGCCGGUGAAACUCUAGGAUUAGAAAAGCCUGACAGCGUGACAUUACACUGUCAAAUAACAUUCAUGGACUCAUCUAUCUCUGAAAUUGCAGCACCAUGGCUACGAAAUUGACCCCCACCACCCACCACCACACACACACACAUAGGCUAAACGUUCCACAUGCACCCCCCUCCCACCUGGGAGACGCACGGUAGCAAAACGUUCCGCGCGCAUCCUUCCCCGCUCUCACGGGAGAUGCACAGAAGCAAAAGUCCAGUAGUUUUUACCAUUAAUUUCUGAAAAUAUCCAUCAAAAUGUAGUUGAAAAUGAAUGAAAUGACGCCCAGUUGUUGAAAAUAUUGGCGGUUUCUUAACAUAUAAUCAUAAAAAUCAGGUCUAAAAUACAUGGGAGUGGGUCUAAGUUUCUGGGCGACGCCAUAUUAGAUGCCAUGUUUCCUACUAUGGCAGCCCCUGAGGACAAAAUGCAUUUGCUGAUUUGUAACAAAUGGUUACAAAACCUUCGUCAUUGUUAAAUGUUGUUUUACACAUUUACCUCUUCUAUUUGCCAGUGAAGUGCUUGUUAUUUUGCUAAAGUUUGCACUCCCCAGGGCUUUUUGACCCUAAUGGGCAUCCGUUGGUAAGGUCUUACUCCAACACAAAAAUAUUGCUUGUCGAUUUAGGUAUCUACUGCCCCUUAUUGCCAGGAAAAAUACACACAGUCUCUUUAAAUAUCAUAUCGCAGAGCAUGCAGAGUAACUGACAGAGUGUCGUUGAUAUUAUCCAAUCUGAGGUGAGAUGUCCAAAUCUAGUGACCCAAAGACUCCAAAUCCUGUGGUGUUCAGCUCACCUCAGAUGUGGCAUUCUGCUAGUUCCUGAAAACAAGUGCAUCUGAGCCUUUGCACUACAAUCAUUCACACACUGAUGGUGAUUAGCUACACUUUAGCCAUGGCUGCCCUUGGGCAUGCUGACGGAAAUGAGGCUGUUACAUAGUUGGUGACACUGGUCCCUCCGACCACCACCUGUAGAUGAGUAGGGUGAAGUGUCUGGCCCAAAGACUGACACAAACUGAGCCUGGAUUCAAACCAGCAACCAUCCGGUCCUAGGGCAAAUUCCUAUUUAGUAUUUAUAAAGUUUUGAAAGACUAACACACGAAGAAUGACGCACGGGACAUAAAUAUUUAUAACUAGUGAGUAAUCCUUGAUUUUUCAAACUGAGGUCUAACCGAUAAGAGCCCUAUUCGUGAUGUCAACACAAGGUGGCAGCAGCGAGCUAUUUGUGAGCUACUGCUGCUGCUAAAUAAGGGAGGAAGGAGAAAGUCGCGCUGUGCUUGAAAACUUUGCAGUACAACGUGUCUGGUUGCAUUUCAGCGAACCAAAAUGUUUUUUACGUGCUGUGUGGAUGACUGUUUCACCACGAAAGAAAAGGGAGUAAUUUUUCACCGCUUUCCUUUGAACAACCCGGAGCGACUGAGACAAUGGCUGUUGUCGCUGGACAUGGAUGUAAACACCCCCCUCUACAUCCUAAACAAACUCUCCGUCUGCUACAAGCAUUUCCUCUCCAGUGACUACUACGCCUCACCCGAUCCUAGGAACCCCGACCAAGUCCUCAGAACCAGCGCCAUACCGUUCCGGUCCAUUCGGAACCCCAUCUCAGAGGGGAGGUCUCUUUCUAAAAAAGCCACUGUGCUGAAAAAGGUGAACCAAGUCUCUUCAGAUCCAACAGCAGUGCAUGCAUCUUCUGGGUUUGAUUGGGGCCCCUACUUGGAAAAAGAAACAUCUCUGGCUGCAUCUGUCUCCUGCUUUGCACAUGCUCCUCUGAGUGAUUACUGGGAUAGCAUCUUUGUUGGGAUGAAGGUGGAGGUCCUUAACACAAACGCCAUUCUUCCCAGUAAGGUUUACUGGGUUGCUACUGUCAUCCACGUAGCAGGAUACAAAGCUCUGCUGAGAUAUGAGGGGUUUGAACACGACAGCUCACAGGAUUUCUGGUGUAGCUUGGUUUCAGGAGAGCUGAACCCAAUUGGGUGGUGCACCAUGACGAGCAAGCUGCUGGUGCCACCGCGGGAUGUGAAGAACAUCCCAGACUGGAAGGAAUAUCUAAUGAAGAAGCUGGUGGGGGCCACCACACUACCUGUUGACUUCUACGUGAAGCUGUCAGAGAGCAUGAAGCCCACUUUCAAAGUAGGCAUGCGUGUGGAGAUGGUGGAUCCCAGACACUUGAGCCGGACCCGGGUCGCCUCCGUCGACACCAUCAUUGGUGGCCGUCUUCAGCUGGUGUAUGUCGACCGAACCGACGUCCCUGAAAACGCCGCUGCCAACUUUUGGUGCCACAUGAAGAGUCCCCUGGUCCACCCUCUGGGCUGGUCCAAGAAAGUGGGUCAUCCCAUCAAAGCAUCUGCUUUGGGUGGUGUGAAAAGUAAUCCUGAGAACUCCUUCCUUCUCUUCCAAAGGCCCAGAGUCGUCUACAUGGGGGACCGUUUUUUUGAGGAAGGAAUGAAACUAGAAGCCAUCGAUCCUCUCAACUUGGGAAACAUCUGUGUUGCUACGGUCCAAAAGGUGCUGCUGGACGGUUACCUGAUGGUUGGUAUUGAUGCUACCACAUCAACCAGCGGUUCUAACCUGUUUUGUUACCACGCUUCUUCUCACGCCAUUCUACCAAUUAACUUCUGCAAGAAAAACAGCAUCACCCUCACUGUACCUCGGGGUUAUGAUGCCCAGACUUUCAACUGGGAAACGUACCUGAAGGAGACUAAAGCUGAAGCAGCACCAGCCAGACUGUUCAACACUGACUACCCAGGUCACGGUUUCUCCCCCAACCUGAAGCUGGAAGCAGUGGACCUGAUGGAGCCUCGGUUGGUGUGCGUGGCCACAGUAAAGCGCUGCGUGGGCCGCCUCCUGCUCAUCCACUUUGACGGCUGGGAUGAUGAGUUUGACCAGUGGAUCGACCACCAGUCCCCAGACAUCUACCCGGCUGGCUGGUGUGAGCUAGUGGGCUACCAGCUCCAGCUUCCUCCUGGAACCGUUCAUUUAACUGAAAACCAGGUGGUACGGAACAAGAAAACCAAGCCCUUCGUGUACCGCCGGAAAAAGAAGAGGAGAGUGUUCAGGAAACAAAUAUCUCAGGAUCCAAAAUCCCAUCAGGAAAAUCAGCUGGCUGGUGAUACGAAUACGACCACUGACGAUUCUCAAAGCCGAUGUCCAGCGGCGCCGCUCGUCCAGCUGAAGGCUGAACCAGAGGAGAGAGAGAUCGUUAGAGUGCAGGUGAAGGUGGAGGAGAUGGAGACCCUUAUCAACCCCCCAGACCAGCCUCAAAAAGUCUCGCAGUGUGAAGUGAAACAAGAGAAGGCCGAGCAGAUGAUCCAGUCGGGACAUCAGGUGCCAGAGCAGAGCCCACUGGCAGACAUGAUCCAUCAGACCGCAGAGAAAAGAGAAACAGCAGAAAAUGGAGGCGAGCAUAAAGGACAAGCUGAGCGGAGUUAAAAAAAGACAAACCCCAGAAAAAAGGAGGCCAGAAAAUGGGAGGAGCAUGGAAGAGAUGUGGGAAAACAACACAACAAGACACUGCAGGAGGAGCUGAACCGAUGGAGAUAUAAGCGGCUGCUGUAGAUGACGUUCUGAGAUGGUAACAGAUGUGAAUCAAAAGACGGCUGGAGCUAUGUCUCAUGAAUCUCUGCUGUUUAUAAACUCUCAGACCCUCCGACCCAAAAAGAGAGUUCAGAACUGUCUCGCCUCCCCCAAGGUCACCCUAGCUACACCCAGUUCCUCAAAAGCUUUUGUUAGUGAUCAAGUCAUUGUUUUUGUUUCGUUAUCAGAUUUGUUUUUGUGAGCAAAUAUCCAGUCGGGAGUAAGAGUCAGACCAGUAGGUGAACAGAUGAAAACCGGCUGAUCCUGGCUGCAUAGACCAGGAGCCGGUAUGGCAAUGUGGACCUGUUUCACUAGUUAGACUAAUUCACUGGCUGGUCAUAUUAGCCAAGUUAACUGUUUUAAUGUUUGUUGGUAUAAUUCUGUUAAAGAAGAACUCACAGUGGUCAUUGUAAUGAUUUGAAACUGACAAAAGUAAUAAAUAUAUACUGAAAAUCCA